UAAACAGAGUUUGGAUCGAGCCCGAUCGAUCCGUGGUGCCGUCAUGUGUACAUCCACUAGUUAAUUUCGCACUUUUUUUAAACCCGUUUUAUCAGUACAUUAUAAUCAGUAUUCAUGUUAGAAUUAUCAAUAAUGGAGGAAGAAGAAGAUGUAGUUUUCAAGGGUGGUGCGUUGCACGAGCAUCUGAUCAACUCAGGGUUCUCGGAUUUUGAGGUUUAUGACAAGAACUGGAGCUUAGAUUCGACUGAAGAGCACUUACAAAAGGCUAAACUUUUCGGAAAUUUUUUCAAUUUCUUACCUGAUUUUAAGUGGAGUUUGCAGAAAUAUUUACCAGCUUUUUAUAAGGACAGCCGGUGCUAUGACAAAUUUUUGAACUCUCUUCUUGAUUCGACUAUCAUUCGCCCAGAAGCAGAAUAUUGGCUUCAAAACGUCCGACGGUCAUUUAAGACUCAAAACAUUAGCUGCUUGCAGCCUGAAGACAGCUAUGCUAUGUGGCAGUCCCCAUUCACCUGGCUUGUGGAAAAGCCCCUCUUGGUGUUUUUCCUGUGCCAGGGCGGUGUGUUGGCCUAUGACAGAAUUUCAAGUCAGCACAGGUUGCUGAGCUUGAAACAUCUCUUGGCUGGCCUUGAGUCUUUCAACCGCAAACUUGGAAUGGCCAUGCACCUCAGUCAACAGAAUGAAAUGUCUCAACGCUUCCUUUCGAAUACUUUCAACAACCUGGUGGAUACAUUUGUCCUGAAAAACUCGCCAAACGUGCUUUUCAAGCUGGUCGACCUUCUGCAGAGAUUUUCAACCAGUCUGAAUUGUUGCAUGGAGAGAAUGCACCAUGUCAGCCCCCUGCCUGCUGAGUUUGACUGCAGACACGCCUUGGCUGCCCUCGGCACCCCUGCGUGCUUUUCCAAAAGAGCUGAUGUUGCCCUAAGAGAUCUCAAGGAUGUGCAGCUGUUCUAUAAAGAAGUGCUGACCAUCUUCACUCACCAGCUGGCAAUGAACUUCAUUGCCCACGGCCAGCAUGGUGGCUGCAAAGACAUUUUCCCUGCUCUUCAAGACUUGAGUUCAGCCCUAUCGAACGCCAACCUGGAGCUCAAGCAGAUCAUCGACCUCAUCAGGGGCGUCAACCUUCUGAAAGCGCCUCCUAAAGUGGCGCAAGUGAACGGCGCAAAGAGGAAGAACUACUUCACUGAUCCAGUUGUUCCUGCAAUCGAGAGUUCCGGGAUGCACCUGAAGAAUGCCCUUUCCUUUGUUCUCAACUCUAGCAACCUGAGCGACUCAGGGUUUGGACACGCGCUGCAAACCCUUCAGGCGAGCCGAAUGGAGCUGGCUGCUGCAGACUCGUUCCUGCACAAAGCGGAAAUCCUGAUCAACCGCCUGAGCAAAAGCAAAGCGCUCCCUGAGGAGAACCAGGAGACACCCUCGAGUUCAGAGCACCCACCCAUCUCGCUUGACCUGUCUUCCACUCUAUCUGAGGUGGGCGACCCCUUCCUGGAGGAGGUCUAUCAGGGCACCAGCAUGUCUGGCAACUCGCUUGAGUGGGAUGACGGCGAAGAGACAGCUGACGUCUCACGGGACAGCGCUAACAACACCUACUACAAGCACCUGAUGAAUGAGCUGCAGUGCGUUCUGGUCAGCAAGGGCCGCAGUAGAAUUAAGGGGGAAUCAGCUGACACCUCGUUAGUGACGCCAGUCAACUCUUUUGAAGGAUCUGCUGUUGCAAUGGCCACAAGCACGCCGUUUGUGCCUGCUAGAAUGAAGGUUGAAGCCAACACGACCAUCGAUUUGGACUCGUCGAUCACUUUGUCUGACUCUAACAAGACCAUAGAACUUGUAUCGACCGACUCUUCAGCAGCAGAAAGCGUGCGGCCGACCCCAAAGCCCAGGAGGAGCAAGUACGCCGCUGAGAGGAUGGAGCAGAUGACCUACGUGAGUCCGGCUACCAUGGGCUUGGGGGGUGACAGUCCCAAGAGUUUGGCCAAUAUGAUUGCCCAAAGGGCGCAGCAAAUGACCAGAGUUGAGGAGACAUUUGAAGAUGAGACUGUUUUCGAGGACGCGCAGGACAAAACCAUCCAACUGGAGUGACCUCUGCACUUCCUACUCUCAUAGAAUGUGCCUUUUUGUAAUAAAAAAUGCAAGCAUUGUUGUCUCAGAGUGAGAUGUAUUUGAAUAAAGUGUAGCAAAGCUUGGAGCUUUUAUUAAAUAAA